ACGAGCAGUCUUCCUAAAUUAUUUGUAUUGCUACAAGUCAGUAAUAUGAAUGUUGCAGAUGUACCAGAAGAUUCAGUGAUCAUCAACGGGAUUUUUUGAGAUGAGGCUGAGUGUAUUUUACUUUACUAACUGUUGCAUCAUUACAUCCGAGCUUCCACAUGGUCGCUGAUUACGCUCACAUACACGCCCAGGCAGCACUAGGAGAUACUAGAGGCUGGAGCUGCUCUACUAUUGGCUCGUCAGCAUCGGAAGGCCGUGUGUCAGCGGCUGAACAAAAGAUAGAGGGACCGGAGGGACCCUGAGCACCGGCAGACGGGCGACAUGCCGGAGGACGAGACUGGUGAUGGUCUCUGACGAGUAGGACGUUUUAACGUAGACUUCUUUCAUAUUUGUGUCUGUACUGUUCGCCUGGUUGACAUUAUUGUCCCAUUCUAGCAGCUUGUCCUCUAACCGAAUGAGGAAACCGCUGCUUCCUCGCUUCCUGUUUCUAAUCUGUCAGAAAACGCAGAAACUCGCAUCAUGGUGGCGGGGGAGCUCGUGCAGGAGCAUCUGCGCGCGGACACCGGCGCACCUGACGACAUCGCGGUGAAGCCUCGCGAGCCGCAGGGACCAUCCGAGCGGCGCGCGGAUCACACACAAGGAGCUUCGCCGGCGGGCGCGGCCGAGGAGACGGACGCAAGCCGGGAGCAGGAGAUCGAGAAGGAGGCGCAGCCGGAUGAAAGAGCGGCGAUGCUGCCUAACGGAGGAGGCGGGGAGGCGGAGGAGGGGAAGAAGCUGGAGACGAGACUGUACUGGCGCCGGUUCGCCGUGCUGACCGUUUUCAGCCUGUACUCGCUGGUGAACGCCUUCCAAUGGAUCCAGUACAGCAUCAUCGCCAAUGUGUUCAAAGGGUACUACGGGGUGACCUACGGCGAGGUGGACUGGCUCUCCAUCGUCUACAUGGUCGCCUACGUGCCGCUCAUCUUCCCCGCCACCUGGCUGCUGGACCGGAAAGGUCUGCGGCUGACGGCCCUGCUGGGCGCCGGCCUCAACUGCGCCGGCGCUUGGCUCAAGUGCGCCAGCGUGAGCCCCAAACUGUUCGGAGUCACCGUCACCGCGCAGGUCGUCUGCUCCGUGGCGCAGGUGUUCAUCCUCGGCCUGCCGUCGCGCCUCGCCUCGGUGUGGUUCGGACCGCGGGAGGUUUCCACUGCGUGCGCGACGGCCGUGCUGGGGAACCAGCUGGGAACAGCUAUCGGCUUCCUGCUGCCUCCAGUUUUGGUUCCCAACACACCUGAUGAUGUUGAACUGACGGGUCACAACAUCAGCAUCAUGUUCUACGGCACAGCUGCUGUCUCCACGGUGCUCUUCGUCCUCACCGUUAUAGUAAUAAAGGACCGACCUCCUCUCCCUCCCAGUCAAGCCCAGGCUGUCCUACCCGACUCUCCUCCUGAAGAUUACUCCUACAAACAAUCCAUUAUCAACCUGAUAAAGAAUAAAGCCUUCAUCCUGCUGCUAGUUAGCUAUGGUAUAAUGACUGGUUCCUUCUACUCCGUCUCAACACUUCUCAACCAGAUGAUCAUGGCCUACUAUGAGGACCAGGAGUUGAAUGCUGGGAGAAUCGGUUUGACUCUUGUUGUCGCUGGGAUGGUCGGCUCCAUCCUCUGUGGCCUGUGGCUGGACCACACAAAGACAUACAAGAUGACCACUCUAAUCGUUUACAUCCUGUCGUUUCUGGGUAUGGUGGUCUUUACCUUCACUUUGAACCUUGAUGACAUCUACCUGGUCUUCUUCACUGCUGGAGCCCUUGGGUUCUUUAUGACAGGUUACUUGCCUCUGGGCUUUGAGUUUGGGGUGGAGAUCACCUACCCAGAGUCUGAAGGAACAUCGUCCGGACUCCUCAAUGCUUUCGCUCAGAUAUUUGGGAUCAUUUUCACACUGAUUCAGGGAAAACUGACCACAGACUACAAUCCACUGGCUGGAAAUCUCUUUCUCUGUGCCUGGAUCUUCCUGGGAAUCCUUCUCACUGCCUUAAUUAAGUCAGAACUGAAAAGACACAAUGUCAACAUGGGAGCAGACAGCAACCACCUGCAAGCACUUCCUGCUGAGUGUCUCGGGGACUGCCCUUUAGAGAAGAAAAGCAACGGAGUCAAGCUGGAGCCCUCAAUCAGCUUCUCCCGUGAAACCGCACUGUGACCUGCCAAAUCACUGGACAGCUAAGAAGGUCCCCCUGCUGCCCCGGGAAACACGCCGGCGCCACAGUCUAAGUGAAGUUCCACAAAGGUGCACCUGAUUUUAAUUGCAAAGUAUAAUCUCCUCAGUAACUGGAAAGCUGGAGUUCUCCAGGCGUGCACCACCUCUAAUCGAGCACAGCCACAAUCUGUUGUGGAUUCAGACCAGGGGACCAACAUGCUACAGAUGGAGUUGAACAAUGCUCCAUUCUAGCCUUCAAAGAGCCACUGAAUGUCUUCAGGCUUCUGACAUUUGCAUUGAGGAAGCCUCACUGUGGGUUUCCUCUUGGAGAGGUCACUGUGGAUGCAUAAAAUUAGUGUGCAAGCAGUGACAUGCAGAAGAAGCUCCACUGCACUGUAAGUGAAGCAUGGCAUUUAGUUUGGUUGUUUUAUGUAAAUGCAGGUUUGAAGGUAAACAGGCUGGUAAAAUGAGCUUCCAGGUCCUGGAUGGCUAUCACUGGUUUCCUAGUGGGAUUAGAGGAGCAGGUGAAGAGGGCCAUUCUGCUUGGUUUUGCACUGCAGCUACUGCACCGGGCCAACACUUCCUGAGUUUACUUGAAUUAUUUUUUUGAUGCUCUAGACCACAUUUGUUUGUGUUUCUUUACAUGUUGAUAAUCCAACAGGAGCUUGGACUCCGAUUCAAUCCUGAAAUCUGUUCUGCUUCAGUUAAGGAUAAGCAGCAUAAAUCAUGUUUAUUUUUCUAAGAGGCAGCAUGUAUUUCAGAAUGUCCAAGAUGCAGUUCAUUUUGGAUACUUGUAGGACUAGUAAUAGCAGUGAAUGCAUCUUCCUUAGUUGAUUUUUUCUAAAAUAAUCAUGGAAAUUCUCACAGGUUUUUAUUUGCUGGUUCUUUAGGACAGAGAUAUUUACAUAUGAAUGUGCUUUUCUUUUUUUCCUAGAUGGCAUGUCAGUCUGUGAAUGUCCGGUCAAUGAGGAAAAAUAGGAAACAUUUCUGUCUUUCAGAUUUCAGGGGUGCAUCCCUCUGCUUUUCCUUCAUGUCCUUCCAUUUACUCUCUACCACACUGGGGCAAAGAGAGAGGACUGGAGGUGGAGGAAAGUUAUGAAGGGGUCCAAACUGACAUCAUAAAUCUAAACCCUUUACUCAUGAUUCACAUCAUUCAAGUAGUAAAUGAUAACCAAUCUGUUGAGUCUUUAUCUACAGGCUUCUUUAUAAAGUGAUGUAUUUUAGUCAUUGCAAUGGUCAGAUUUUAAAAUAUAUUUUCACCGUUUUUAACCUUGGGCCUUGUUUCCCCUUCUUUUUAGUUUUCAGUAAUUAAUAGACCAACAAAUAUGUUUUCUAUAGGUCCAAUACUGAGUGAAAACACUUUAACCAGUAACUGUGGAAUGGCUGCAGUGAAAUUUCAAAUAGGUUAAAACCUUGAGAUAACACUACAUGCACUCUGUCUGCAGCAGGUCUCUCUGCUCAGCUUUUUUCGUCUGUCUCUGUAGGAAUCCUCUCCAGGAUGUUAUCAGACACUUAAAGUAGCAUCUGAGUCUGUCAGUGGCAAAAUCCAGCACUUUGACAUGGACAAAUUCCCCAUCAGGCAACAUUGCAGCUGUUUUUCCAGUGCUUGUUAAAGCUUUCUCACUCCACAGUGGAUCGGUUCCAAACAUUUUUGUUUCUUUAAAUCAUUUAUGCCCAAAACAUCAAAACAAUUGGGCCCAGGUUUAAAAGUACUGAGAUUAUCUUUUAAUGUGAAACAGUGGCUAUCACAAAAAACAAAUGAUGCAUUUGAAGAAAAGUUAAACUCUAAAAAGAUUUUUAAAACAAACAAUUAUGAUGUCAGAGAAAUAACUUCCUGCAUAAUUCAAACGUAGCAUGUGGUGGAUACAACAUGUGGCUGACUUGUUCAAUGACAACACAGAUGUGCUGCUGUGUUUUCCAACUCAAUCCACUACAGAGCAAACAAUGUGAAACUGCUCUGAGUUCAGUGCACAAUGAGAAACACGCACAACUUUGUUUUAUACUCAAAUGCAUGAUUUUAGAUGUGUUUUAAAUGUUGACUGUUGUCCGUUAUUACACUGAGAAUCUGUGUGUAUAAGCUGCUGUUGGUGAGAUGUGGAGGAGUGACAGAAAGCCGCAAGCAGAGUGGAAACGGAGAAGCACAAAACACUUCAGUUUCCAUUUCAUGUUGUCUCUCAUGUAUAUAUUGAUUUUUGCUGAAAUAAUUUGGCUUUUUUAAUCUUUUUUUUUUUUUUGUAACUCAGAAGUAUGCUUUUUAAACUUUUAUAUUAAUGCUGUUAACUUCUGCUUUGCUGACACUCAGCCUACAUCCACUUCUUUGUCCAAACUCUUAAACCCCGUCAACAAGGCAUUCAUUCUGCUGAGUAUUUGGAACUAAUGGGACCCUUUACUAAAUGCAUACCAGCUCGCACAGGUUUUCAGGCAAACAAAACUAUUCAGAAAUGAUUCCACAACUUACAAGUUACUUUAAAGAUUCUGAUUGAGCCAACUUAAUGUUUAAUUUAAUUAAAUUAUGUGUUGUUUUGACUUAAAGUAAGGCUUUAUUGUUCCCCACAGUGGCAAUUUGUGAGCCUCACAGCAUAUUAUGACCCAACUUCACCAUCGGCAACAAUAAAGUAAUAGACAUGAAUUAAUCACGGUUCUUUUACUGUAAAUUUUGAUGCAUAUUUUGCACUUUUGUGCUUUCUCAUAAGUACAAUACCUAAAAGAUUUGAGCGCGUCUUCCAUUACUCUGAUAAAGAGUGCAUUAGUUGGGAAAGAAAAUAUAUAUUUAGGGAUUCUUUAUUUUAUUUUACAAAUAGCAGUAAUUCCACCACAUCUGUACCCCAACAAGCUUCAUGUCAGUUAACUUUUUUAGUCUUUCCUGGAAUUGGCCUCAAACCACUACUGCUCUGUUAUGACAGUUUUAGUUUUUUCCUGUUGUCUUCACUUAUGGGCACCAAAAAAUAUUUUUUCCUUGUCUGAAAAAAAAAUCCCAAAAUUCAGCCAAAACAAUCCCCCAAAUUUCUGAAAAUUUGCAAAAUCUUUAGGAAGAAAAUUCCAAUAAUUCCUUAAGUUUCCCUUAAAAUUUUGAUUUAAAAAAUCCCCCAAAUGUGGCAAGAAAAUUCUUGUAAAUAUUUUUUUAAAAAUUAGUAAAAAUCUUCCAAAAAAUCCCCAAAAUAUUUAAAAUGAUUACAUAUCAGUAAAACUUCUAAUAUUUGAUUUAAGAACGUUCACUAAAGAAACUUUUUUUUUUUUUUUACAUGAACACAUUCACUUUUUUAUUAUAACAGCCAUGAUAGCAAGUUGUAUAAACUCCAACACAAACAGGUGUGGCCCCUGCCAAAUGUAGCACAGAAGACAUUUUACAUUUUUCUAGGUCAACAUGACCAUUGCACAAUAAAAUCCAAAAAAAGACACAAAAUCCAAAAAAAAACCUACCUUCAAACAAAUUUGCUGGAAUCAAGUUCCAAAUACAAAGAUAAAUCUUUAAAUUAAAUUUAAGUGCUAACAUUAUUGCCAUUAACUAACAACUGCUAUAGAGAACAUAGAACAUCAGCCAACACAGAGCUGCAGAAAAUGGCUCAGGAGACUCAGCCUGUAGGAUCAACAGCCUGGGUUAGUGGCAUAUCCUCAGGGGGUUUCCUCGAUGACCUCAGUUUUCACCUCAAUCAAGGUCUCGAGGUCUUGAGUCUCUGGCACACAUGCCGAUAUCUCCAUAGAGAUGGGCAGAGACACACUUUCUGGUGUUUCCCAGCUUGAGGGCAGAGACAAGGAUUGUUGUGUACCCUCUGGAGCCUGCUCAACAGGGGGUGUAGUGAAACUUCUCCUGGUCAUCUGGGGCCUCUCUUCAAUUUUACAUCCUCCAUUGUCCUGUGCUGUGGCAGCUACUUCAUUCCUGACCUCCUGAUUUCUGCACUCUGAUCGGUAUGUAUGGUCACUGUGGUCAGUCUCACUUUGCACGUACUGUGAUUUCAUUUUCCUCAAGUAAUAUUCUGCUAUGGAUGAGCUUAGCUUGUUAACCUGCACCUGACACUUUGAAUAUACAUCGAGCCUCUUUGAAAUGGCAGAUUCAUGGGAUUUGCCACUGAACUUUAGUCUCUUCUUCCAAGCCUGACGUUGAGCUGAUGUGACUUCAUCCCCUGAUGAGACUUCAACCACUGAUGAUGAACACACAGAAACAUUCGAGUGUGCUGCCCCACGUCUUCAACGCAUGCUCCUCAGCUCCUCAGAAGACAGUGACGAGUCUGAGUCAGGUCCAUCCACAUAAAUGGGUUGCUCGUCUUCUGAGCUGGUCUCUAUUGAGUCACUGUGGCUGGUUUCAUCCUCAUCACUGUGGCUGGUUUCAUCCUCAUCACCUUUCAUCUGUCAGACAUCUUCAGGGCUUUGAGUCUUAGCCUCCUAGUUUUGUAUGCCAUCACUUUGUCAGGCAGAGCCACAUAAAACCUGUCAGCUGUACUUGGAUCAUGGCACAUGGCUUUUGCCACCUGCUUGCGCUCCUUUUCGGACAGGUGUCGGGCCGUUUGAGUUAAAACACUGCUUCGGAUUUUAUUGAAGUUGAUUGCACUCUGCAUUCCUGCAUCCUCCCAAGCCAGGCUCAGGGUGUUUGAGGGCUUCAAAAUAUGCCUGCCAGCUUCUGUGUGGAACACAAACUUGCUUCCCUGAGCAAGGUCACAGCAUUGUCCAUUUGUCAUUGCUUCAAGCCAUGAAAACUCUUCAUUGUUCAGGGCAAGGGAGGCGUGGUCGUAUAUUUGGGAUGGUGUGGGAGACGCCAAGGUGCUGCCUCAGGUUAGUAAAGCUGGAAAAACAUAGUCCACAUAGUUUCUUGCUCAUCUUUCCAACAGUGGCGGCUGAUAAAAUAUUUUGGGGGGGGGCGUACUAGCCGACGGCCAUUACAACACAACAAAACAAUUACUUGAAAAUAAAUUUUGCUCUCCUCUCCUUCAGGCCAGCAAAUUUAUCAAUGACUUUCUGAUUUAAAUCUGUCAUUUCACAAACAAGUCUAUUUUCCAUGGAGAGCAUGGCCAAGGCAUUCAGCCUUUCCUGGGUCAUGGUGUUUCUGAGAAAAGUUUUCACUCUUUUCAAGGUUGAGAAACACCUCUCUGCGUCAGCUGUGGUCAUGGGUGUGGUGAUCAGGAUCCUUUAAAGAUUGACAGUUUCCGAAAAGACAACUUCAAGAUUGUUCUCCAUGAACAGCUGGAAUAGGUCCAGUGCACCACAGCAGGCUCUGGACUAAGGCUGGACCCGAAUAUCCGAAUAUUCGUUAGCUACGGCACUAUCCGGAUAUUAAUUUGGUAUCCGAAUAUUCGCCCCAUGUAUAUAACAUAUACACAUAUGUCUAUGUGAUCACCCCUUCCUCCCCCCAGACAAAAAUAUUCGGAGCUCGUCUCUUCCCUGCGCCUUCGGCCCAUUUCGGCUCAUUUCGGCUCCUCCAUUCGUGUUUGUAAACACCACCUGAAUGGCCGGGUGGCUGCUGACUCUGAAGUCACGCUUCACUUCGUUGCAUAAACACAAGACAAGAUGCUGAAGACUGGUGUUUGGGAAUUCUUCAGUUUAACUAAAGACUAAACGAGGGCAAAAUGUGGACCCGGGAGACCAAACGAACGGAUCCGACUAUUCGGGCCUUCUCCGCUGCCGCGCCGCCGCACGAACCACACGAACGGAUCCCAAUAUCCCAAUUUCUGUAAAGGAUAAGGAGAAGUCAUAAUAACCAAAAAGGGGAAAGAGAUCAUGUUGAAAAAUAUGAUGAUCAUAUUACUGACAGGAAUACUUAUUACCUGAUGUUUUCGAUGUCCUGUUCAAACUGCUGGAUGCUCACUUUUAUGUGGACUACAUCUAUGUUCUUCUUCUGGAGCUUGGCAUAGAGGAGGUCCACGUGUGGCAUGAUGUGGUGAAAAAGUUCCAGAAAGAACUUAGUCCUGAUGUUCCAGCAGCAUGGCCAUGGCUCCUCCCUCUCUGAUGGUACUGGCAUCAAAGUCACCUGAGUCUCGUAUGUUCUCAAAACACUGAGUGAAAUCCUCCCUGUGCUCAAACAGUGUUGAUGGCUCGGCUGUGAAAGUUCCAUCUGACAUUGCUGGAUGUUGGCAGUCUUUGGGCCACCAUUUUAUCAAGAACAGCUGUACGCUUGGGUGAUCUGGGAAAAAAAGCUAGCAAAUCCACCCAGGUCAGAAAAAAAAUUCUCACCUUGGAAAUGUGAGAGGUGGCCUGCUGCAUGAUCAGGUUGAGUUGGUGUGCAUAGCAGUGGAUAUAGUGGGCAUUUGGGUACACAUCUCUGAUUUUCCUCUGAACACCUGCAGUGGCACCCCUCAUCACACUGGCUCCAUCAUACGCCUGGCAGAUUAGCUUGCUUUUCUGAUCCUCGGGAAUGAUGGCAGCAAGACGCUCUGUUAAUGCAGUAGCAGUGGACUCAGACGUAGCUGACUGCAGAGGAAUGAAUUCAAAAAAAUCUUUCCUGCACACUGUGUUUGUCAUCAAUGUAGCGUAGUACAAGCACAAGUUGUGACUGUGUUGAAAUAUCUGUUGUCUCAUCUGCCUGGAUUGUCACAAAAACACUCUUUUGGGCUUCUUUAAUUAUUUGCUCCCUUGCAACAGACAACAUACAGUCCAGGAGCUCAUUUUGGACAGUUUUUGAAGUACCCUUAAAAACUGGCAGUUUCAUGGUGCUCUUUCAAAGCUCCAUCCAGAGAGGCAACAAAAUCCACCAACCCACGAAAUAUCCCAGGGUUAACAGAGCUCUCACUCUCAUCAUGGCCACGUAAAGCCAACUCAAAGGCCCCACAAAAUUUCACACAGUCUAUUAUCCUGGCCAGUAUUUGAUGAUUUGUCACCUCUUCACUGUGUCUUCUAUUGCCAACUCUGUAGACCUCAUCUAGUUGUUCAGCAAUGCUAACACGGCCAAAAAACUGUAGCUUCAUGCUGUUUUCAAGGUGGCUACGGCUACCUUCAUGUCGUUUGCAUUUUUCAAAGAGAUGUUUCAGGUCUCUGAGCCCCGUUGUUGUCCACAGAACUUCAGUGCUAACACUUUGAAAAAGCAAGCAGGAAAAGCAAUACAGAGUAUUGCUAACUUCACGUCCAGCUAGCCAGCUGUGUUUAGCAUAACACAGGCGGGAGAAGCCCCGGGUGUAACUCCGUCCACGAUCACUUGCCUGCUGCUGGAUUUGUAAAUCAGGUUGCUCCGGUCCUAGCUCCUUUAUCGUUUUUUUUUCUUUCCUCCAGCAAACGCCUCGUAAAAGGAUUAUUUCGUAAAGAAAUAACCAAAUUUUCUUUUGCUGCCGCCAUCAUCUUCUGUCUUGUUGUUGUGGUCUUCCUGUCGCUCUCCGUAUGUGUCUGUGUACGCUGCCAGGGGUGACUUUCAUUGACGGGUAUCAUGAAUCAAUCAGAUCAGAUGAAAAAUGACCACCCAAACGCGCUGAUUCGCCAGGGACGCAGAGAGCUGCACCUGGACGACAAUCUUUAAGUAACCAAUUAGAGACCAGUAUUAAGUCACAUGAAAGCCAAAAGUUUUAGAAUGUACAUGCACUCUCAUUUGGCAGGCGCCCCUCGCUAUUGAAACGUGUAAAACAACCCUGAAAAAAAAAUCAAUAUGGAAUGGAAAGGCUUAAAAAAAUAAAAAUGAGACCCAUUGUAUGAGUGAACACUGUGCAGAUGUGUUAAUUACUUUAAAUACGUAUUUAUGUUUACUGUGUCAAUACCUUUUUCACAAAAUCUUGAUGGGGCGGCGCCCUAGCGCCCCCUAUUAACAAGCGGCCACUGCUUUCCAAACGGGUAAUUCAGGAAACUGUUACCAUCAAGUCCUCAUGGCUGCAUGCUUAAAGAAACAUUUUUAACAUUUCUUUUUUCCACCAAAAAAUGUUCGAAAAUUUCACAAAAAUGUUAAAAAAAGUGGACAUCAGAAGUUUCAUUGUGAAAACAUUUUUUUUCUCCCACAUUUUCAAACUUUAAAACGGGUCAAUUUGACCCUCAGGAUGAUACGAGGGUUAAAGAGCACAACAUUUCAAAGACACUGUUGUAUAAUUAAUGACUUCAUAGCAUUUGGCAGUGACAGAUGGACAUUACAACAUCAGGCGUUUGCUCAUUUUUCUCUAAAAUACUUACAUUUUUAUACUUUACCUUUAACAUGGUAGCAUAUGUCUCCAAACCACUAUUAAAACUUCUGUUUAACUACUUCAUGGCUAAAAUAAUUGAUUUGCUUCUGCUCUUUUUGCAAGCCUAAAAUAUUUUAUGUAGAAUAUUUUUUUAGGAAUGUUUGACGCAUUCUUCUGUUUUUGGUUCUUAGCUAAUGACGAUUAAUCUUUUCUUUGUCUUUCCCAAAUUUUUGUAACAAGAGCUUUUGUAGGGCACGUAAGUCUUGGCAUCUGGUCAUAUAACUUAUUUUUCAUGUCAAUGCAGACUAUUUACCUGUGAAUAAAUUAAUUAUUGUAAAGGGCACUGAGUGAACGUUUGAGAGGGUGAAUGAUUUGUAGUGCUCUGGUUGGUUUGGUUUGUUUGGGCGGCCACAUUUUGCUUGUCUCCACCUUGAUAUGAACAUUUCUCUAUAUGACCAAAACUCGUCAUGUGAAAUUAGUAAAGCAUAUUUACGUGUUGUGAUACCGUAUUAAACCUACUAAAUUUGU